AUGCCUCCAACAGACAGAGCGGGUGGAAGCACAAAACUCUCAGUCUUUGUACGUGUUCGACCUCUCGAUUUGAAUAAUCGAAACAAGGGAGAAUUUGAAUGUAUUAGUGUUGUUGAUGAUAAGAGACUUCUCCUCGUCGACCCCGACAAAUUUUCUGCAGACCCUUUAAGGCAAAAUAGGGCCCAGGAAAGAUCAUUUAAUUUUGACAGAGUUUUUGGCCCUACUUCUUCUGAAAUUGAUGUCCAAGAGGAAAUGAGGAGCAGUCAAGGAUUAAUUGACAAUCUUGUUCAGUUUGGGAGGAAUGGGACUGUGCUAGCUUAUGGACCUACAGGAACAGGCAAAACCCACACAAUGGUUGGAACAAGAGAAAGGCCUGGUUUAAUGACGCAAAUGACUCGGGCGCUAUAUUCACGGCUGGGAGAGAUGGGUGAUCGUGAAACGAGAGUUUUUAUUUCUUUCAUGGAAUUAUAUAAUGAAAAUAUUCGUGAUUUGCUAACACCUAAAGGAGGACCUCACUUGGACCUAUUAGAAGUAACUAAAAAAAUUUUUUUUAAUUCGAAAACUUAAAAGGACAAUCACGGAAACGUUCAAGUUCCAAGUUUGAGUAGAGUUCGCGCACCUAAUAGCAACAGAAUAUUGCAACUUUUACAGGAAGGAAAUAGUAGGAGAACACAAGAGGCGACAGGGGCA